GCAUUUUGAUGACGUGUGUUGUGCUUUAGCGAACGACGAAACAUCUGUUAAGGGGCCUUUUAUUCCAUUUGGUCGCUUGUAUUGUUUUUGCUGUUUAGCAAUGAACAAAAAUAAGGCCAGUGGCGUGUCGUGGGUGAAACCAGCGGAACCCUCCUUUCUGAAGAAGUUUAAAAAUGAUGUGGGAUACAAAGAAGGGCCGACAGUUGAUACAAAGCGUGACGUGAUGCCAACGCCGGACGAUGACAGCGGGAGUGAUCGAGAGGAUGAGCUCCCUCAGAUUGUGGUCCUAAAAAGUGGAGACCUGACCGCAGAGGAGGUGGAGAAGAUCAAGGGUAAAAAGUUGCCAGGAGGUGGUGCAGAGAAAGAUGACGGGCCUCCUCCUGAUGGUAAAAUCCUUUUCAAGAAACCAGAAAAGCGCUCCUCCUCAGAGAAGUUCCAGGGCAUCACCGCCAGCUCCAGCAAGAAGAAGAAGACGAGUGAUGAGGGAGAAAAGGAGGAGAAGAAAGAGGUGAAGUCUGGAAAGAAAGUAAAGAAUAACAGCCUGCUGUCAUUUGGAGGGGAUGAGGAGGACGAGGAGGACUAAAUGGUAAUGUUGACAUAAAGACUUGUCAUUAAUCCUCUAAACAGGUGACUCAAGCUUGAGUCAUGUGUUUGAUUAUUGACCAAUAGGAACAGGGACAAAAUAAAACAGACAUUAUAUUCUAAUCAGAUCCAGUCAGGAGUUUGUCCACAGCAAACUGUCCACUCUGAGGAUUCUUUUAAAGGACUUUGGUAUUUUUUUGCUUAUCUGAGCCCACUGACUACAAAUAAUCUGUUUUGAUAUUACGACUUGUCUGUUAAUUUUUAGUAUAUUAUCAAAAGCAACUUGCAGAAAAGCAAAUCGCCGGAAGUAAGUAAGUAAUCCAUCACAGGAAACAAUCUGAUGCCCUUAUCUUUUCAAUAAUCAGAGUUACUAAAAAUAAAAAAGCACCAGUUGAGUCAUUCUAUAGAUAGCAUGUCCUUUUUCAUUCAACAUAUGUGUGUAUAUGCAGCAGCACAUUGUCUUUGAAGCUGCUCUUCUGAGUUCCUUGAAAACUUCUUAACUUAAUUAGAUAAACGGAAACCAGGAGGAACAGCAGCUCAACUGAUAGUUAGUAAUAAAAAUAACUGUCAUUUGAAGGGGGAACUCCCACCUGCUCCUCCUGCAUAUGAAGAUCACUUUGUUGCUGUGUGUCUGUGUGUGAAUACUCGUGUUUGUUCCUGCUAAUCUGUAUUCAUCUUCGGUGUCAUCAGAACUGUGAUAGUAUUCCCAUGUUAUGUGGAAGAGCUCAUUGCAGAUACAUUUCCGACACAUUCAGUGAUGUGUUGAAUGUAUGAAUAUAUUCUAGCUUCGACAAAGGAGCUGUAACAGUUUAUGGGGAAACAAUGCAUUCUUGUCAAUGCAGUUGGGUGAUAUAUGGUUUUUUUUUUUUUUUUUACAUGUGAAUUUGUUUUUAUUGUGUGCAUUUUUUUUAGAGAAUGAAUAUGGCUGUAACAUUUGAAAUAUAAAACAUUAAAACAAUUGUAUAAUG